AUGGUGGUCUCCCGCUUACUAGCGAGCCUCUCCCCAUCCCGCCUCCGCGCCCCCUCGCACGCCCCUCUCGUCCUCCUCCACCGCCUCCUCUCCUCUUACGCCGCCGAUGCGUCCUCUUCUACCUCCUCCGCCGCGGAGGACUACCUCGUAUCCCGCUGCGGCCUCACCCAGGCGCAGGCGCUCAAGGUCGCCGCGAAGCUCUCCCACCUCCGGUCUCAGGCCAAGCCCGAAGCCGUGCUCGCCUUCAUCGAUAGCACCCUCGGCAUCCCCGCCACCGACAUCGCCAGGGUCGUCGUCUUUGACCCGACAUUCCUCUGCGCCGACGUGGAGAAGAGCCUUGCCCGCCGCGUUGCCGAGCUUCGCGACCUCGGCCUAUCACGGGAUGAGAUCGCGCGCCUCGUUACCCUCGCCCCCCAACUCCUUCCGGAACAGAUCCCUCCGCAGCAAUCUCGAGUUCUGGCUUGCCGAGCUAGGCCGGACCUUGUCAAGGAUGCUGUCAAGCGAGUGGAGGAGUUGGGCUUCAAGCGUGGAUCAGUGAUGUUCCGCCGCGCGCUUACUUUCGUUGCUUAUAUGGACAAGGAGCUUAUCGCCAGGAAAAUGCAGCUGUUACAAAACCUUGGGUUCUCAAAGGCUGAUGCACUGGCAGUGGUGAGGAAGCAACCUUUCAUCCUGGGCUUGUCUGAGCAAAAGGUUAGGGGAAAUGUCGAUUUCUUGAUGAAGGAUGUCGGUCUGGAGGUAUCAUAUAUUGUGCGAAGGCCAGUGCUGCUCAUGUAUAGUAUUGAGCGGCGGUUGUUACCCCGACAUUGCUUGCUCAAGGCUCUCAGGGAGAAGGGACUUCUGAAGGAUGAGCGGGACUUUUAUACCACUGCUUCGAUGAGUGAGAAGAUCUUUGCAGAAAAGUUUGUGCAUCCUUUCAAAAAUCUUGUCCCAGGCCUCACCGAUGACUAUGCCUCCAAAUGUCUGGGAAAGGCAACGGGUGGAAUUAGGCAGCCAGAAGACUGA